AUCCUCUCUCAUCAAGAUCUUAGAAUAUUUACGAGUUAAUUACACAAGACUUGUUUGGAUUUGAUUUGGGAUUUUCCCCACGCUAUUAGAUACAUUCUCUCUCCUCGAUAGAGAGAGAAAUUCGGAGGAGAGAUGGGGUCAAUCUUCAGCUCAUCAUCGAGCGGCGCGAGCAAGGAGGAGCUGGCGUCCGCCGCGGACAAGGCCAAGGAGGUCGCCUCGUCGGCUCCCGUCGUCGUAUUCAGCAAAACUUACUGUGGCUACUGCCAAAGGGUCAAGCUUCUGUUGACGCAGCUCGGGGUGAGUUACAAAGUCGUUGAGCUGGACAAGGAAGGUGAUGGAGCUGUGGUUCAAUCGGCAUUGGCAGAUUGGACAGGGCUGAGAACAGUACCUAAUGUGUUCAUUGGGGGAAAUCAUAUCGGUGGAUGCGAUUCCGUCACUGAGAAACACCAGGCAGGUCAACUGGUACCUCUUCUUAGGAGUGCCGGAGCUGUGAAGACCUAAUAAAAGCAGUGCUCAUAGUUGGAACCUUCGAUUGAAAGAGAGAGACUUGUGUGAUGGAAGUGGAUAAACUGAGGUGUGAUAAUAUCCGCUGCACAAGUAAAUGGAAGGAUUGCUUUUUUACUGCUUGCACAAAUUUGGAGUGUGUGCCAUAGACUAUACCUUGUCAGCAGAGUUGCUUCCAAUAUUAGUAGGGACUCUCUUCUAAUGACAGGCCAUGGUCGUUGUCACUUUACAUAAUACUGGCGGCGCCUGAAAAUCCUUAAUGCAAAAGUGGAAUGACUACCAGAAACUUUGAGACCCA